AUACAUAUACAUAUUCAAUAUAUUUGAUGCGAAUCGAAAUUAAAAGUUUUCCCGGUGUAAAAGAUGUAGAUCAAGGUUACCAAAAACAGACGAAGAUGACGGCCAAACGGCGAGCAUCCAGGUUCUCAGUUAUGCAACCUGUACAACGCUUUAUUUGUGUUCACCUCUAUAACCAAGUCAGUCAAGAUGAGGGAAGAUUGUUUUCAAUGUUUUUAACAUUUUUAGUAUCAAUUCCAUGUUAAAUGUUUGUUGUUUUUGGUUGUUACGUUGCAAGUGUUUAAAAGUUGUGUUCAGAAUUUUAAAUAGCUUUAAAAGUGCUUGUUUAAUAUGAGCAGUUGGAAAAUAUUCUGUGAUUUAUUAAUAAUGCAAUGAAAAUAAUGGGAUAAUAUGAAAAUCAUGGUGAAAAAGUGCAGAUUCUUCUUCUUUAUUCUAUCACUUCUAUCAGUGAUUACCAUAUCAUUGCAUUACUAUUUAAGUAAUUUGGCAAAAUCUGCAGUGGUUACCAGUUCAGCCCAAUCAAAGUAUGAGGAGAUUAUUUUACAGCAUUUAUCAGAACUGGGGCCUGAAUAUUAUAAGCGAAAGUCAAAGAAAGUAUUUUUUAAUAACAGUUUCUUUGAUGUGGUGCAUUUUGAUGGUACUCAUGAUUUAAAGCAUAUUUGGAAUUAUGCUAAUAGUGCAAUUGCUAAGUCAAGGUUGUAUAAAAGAGAUAAUUUAUCACUAAUCAUUCAUGCUAUGAAGACAGCUAAAAUAACCAAAGCUGACUAUUAUACUAAGGGAACACAAUUUAAGUUAAAUCUAACUUUAGAGGGUGAUCAGAGUGUGGUUUUUAAACCAAGAUGGUAUAAAUUAGAUAGAAUAUUUAAUGGUGCUGUUUACUCUGGGCGCGAUCGUUUCCAAGCUGAGAUAUUAUCGUUUUAUCUCUCCGCCUUAUUGGACAAGCCCAUGGUGCCCAUUUCCGUAGAACGCACAAUUCUCUUCGACGAAAUCCUCCAGGUUGCAACGCCGAUUGUACACCAAACUACCGUGCAGAAAAACAGUACACUAUGUUUGUACGGACAUUGCUUGUACUGCGUAAAGAACGAUCCAAUUUGUCCAGAGAAUGGCAAACUUCAAGGUGCUGUGAUAUUCAAUAUGAAUGAUAUUCAAUUAAAACGCUACGCAUCUCCGUGGAAGCGGGUGUAUAAUAAAAACCAGAAAGCUAAGUGGGAACAGGAUGACAAUUACUGUGAAAGUGUGAAGAAAAAGGUAACUAAACGUUUGUUACAUGAAAUGGUAGACAUCGCCAUCUUUGAUUUCCUCUUGCAAAAUGGCGAUAGACAUACGUACGAGUUGUAUCACCAAGAAAUUGUGUGGCUCGAUAAUGGAAAAGGACUGGGUAAUCCAUACACGCAUCACAUUGACAUUUUAGCUCCAUUAUAUCAGUGCUGCAGUUACAGACCUGAUUUAAUUAACCGACUGAAAGAACUGUCUGGUGGUGCAUUAACUGAAAAUUUAAAGAAAAUUUUAGAAUUACGACAGCUUAUAACUGAAGAGCAUUUUAACGCGCUGGAAAAUCGUCUUUUGCUCAUUUUUGCCACACUUGAAUACUGUAAAUAUAAAACAAAAAUAAAACAUUGACAAAGUAUAUUUCUUACAAAACA